GAACAUAAAAAAUGGAGAUCCUAUAAGAUCAAUCAGAACUUCGUGCGAUCAAAAGCCGUAUUCAUACAAAUAAAUACACAUGCCAAUCUCGAUCCAACCCACAGCUGAACUUAAACCCUUAAUCCCCAAAUUCCCUCCAAAUUCGCCAUCUUCUCCAUCGUCUCUCAAUCUCAGAUUGUCUUAUCCCAAAUCCGCCACCGCCACCUGCGCCUCCAUGAGGGGUCUCAUCUCUACUGCCAAACUCUUUGGCACCACCGCCAUUAGGAGCAAAAUUCCCGUUUCGUCGAGCCCGUCGAUGAGGAGCACUCGUGUUUACAGUCUGAUUCCAAUGGUGAUAGAGCACUCGUCUCGCGGAGAGAGAGCUUACGAUAUCUUCUCAAGGCUUCUAAAAGAGCGAAUUGUUUGCAUCAAUGGUCCAAUCAACGAUGACACCGCUCAUGUCGUGGUUGCUCAGCUUCUCUUCCUCGAGUCUGAGAAUCCUUCCAAGCCUAUCCACAUGUACCUCAAUUCCCCCGGCGGCCAAGUCACUGCAGGCCUUGCUAUUUAUGAUACUAUGCAGUAUAUAAGGUCUCCAAUCAAUACCAUCUGUUUAGGUCAAGCUGCAUCCAUGGCUUCUCUCCUUUUGGCUGCGGGUGCGAAGGGCGAGAGGAAGGCACUUCCUAAUGCAACUAUUAUGAUUCACCAGCCAUCAGGUGGGUAUAGUGGGCAGGCUAAGGACAUGACCAUUCACACCAAGCAGAUAGUUCGAGUUUGGGAUUCACUCAAUCAAUUAUACUCAAAGCAUACAGGACAAUCAAUAGAUGUAAUUCAGAAGAAUAUGGAUAGAGAUUAUUUUAUGACCCCAGAAGAGGCAAAGGAAUUUGGAAUUAUUGAUGAUGUGAUUGAUCAACGACCAAUGGCGCUCGUAACUGAUGCCGUUGGUGAUGAAGGUAAAGAAAAGGGUUCAAAAUAGUAGAGGCUGAGAUCCUAGUGGGAAAGUUUUCCUGUUUUUGAAUCUUGUAUUAAAAUUUCUUGAUCAUUCUAUCGUAUUAAAUAUCCGGAUUUUUUUGAUUUGCAGACAUAUUAUGCUGUGGGAAUUUUAUUAUUUCCUUAAUUAAUAUUUAAUAGGGCUUAUUUAUGGUGC